AUCAUCAAUGCCGCGUAAAACCCUAGAAGAUAAAAAGAAAGUGUCACUCCUUCCACCUCCAAGGUCGAGGAAAAUGUCUCAUCUUUUCCUCCUCUGUCUCCUCCUCUCCUUCCUCAAUUUCGCGGCCUCUCAAGACGACGUCGUCAUGCAAGCCCUCAAAUCGAGCCUAAACCUCACAUCGGACGUGGACUGGUCGAACCCCAACCCUUGCAAGUGGGUCACCGUCCAAUGCGACGGGAGCAGCCGCGUCACUGGGAUCCAGCUCAAGCAGAAAGGCAUCCGCGGCACUCUCCCUCCGAAUCUCCAGAACCUCUCCGAGCUCGUCAUCCUCGAGCUCUUCUCCAACAAAAUCUCCGGCCCAAUUCCCGAUCUCUCCGGUCUCACGAAUCUACAGACUCUCAACCUCCACGACAACCUCUUCAUUUCGACGCCGGAGAAUCUCUUCUCCGGGAUGAACUCCUUGGAAGAGGUGUAUUUAGACGACAACCCUUUCCCUUCGUGGGAGAUUCCGGAGACGGUCAAGGAAGCGACGUCUCUCAAGAACCUUUCCCUCGUCAACUGCAACCUCACCGGAUCCAUUCCCGAUUUCUUCAGCUCCGAGACGCUCCCGAGCCUCGCUUCUCUAAACCUAUCACGGAACAAUCUACACGGAGGUUUGCCUUCGAGCUUCGCGGCUUCGUCGUUGCAGCAGCUCUACCUCAACGGACAGCAGCUCAACGGAUCAAUCUCGGUGCUGCAGAACAUGACUUCUCUCGUCGAGGUUGUUCUCCAAGGUAACGCCUUUUCAGGUCCAAUCCCUGAUCUCUCUGGUUUGCAGUCUCUGAGGCUCUUCAAUGUAAGAGAUAAUCAGCUCACCGGUGUUGUCCCACCGUCGUUUACCGGUCUCAAGUCUCUUACUGUUGUGAAUUUGACUAAUAAUUUAUUUCAAGGACCCACUCCGUUAUUCCAGAAGUCUGUUAGUGUUGAUGCGGUAACGAAUAGCUUCUGUCUGGAUACCGCUGGUGUUCCUUGUGAUCCUCGCGUCGAUACGUUGCUGUCUAUAGCUGAGUCGUUUAAUUAUCCGAUGAAGCUGGCUAUGAGAUGGAAAGGGAAUGAUCCGUGUCAUAGCUGGCUCGGGAUUGCUUGUUCCCCAAGUAACAUUACAGUUGUUAACCUAGGGAGGCAGGAGCUCACGGGUACGAUAUCUCCGAGUUUUGCUAAGCUUGAUUCGCUGGAAACUAUCAAUCUUCAUAGCAACCAACUCACCGGGAGUAUACCGACAGAGCUUACCACUUUGCCUAAGCUUAGGAUACUCGAUGUGUCUCACAACAAUAUCUCCUACUGUGAUGUGCCCAAGUUCAGCGCAAGUGUGAAGGUGCUGACUUCUGGUGGCGGUGGUUGUGGCGAAAGUUCUAAGAAAUCAAGCAUUGUGAAGAUAAUUCUUCCUGUGGUUGUUGGUGCAUUGUGUCUCAUUGGACUCGGAGUUUGCCUCUACGCCAAGAGGAGAAGGAGACCCGCUAAAGUUCAGAGUCCAAACACCAACAUGGUUAUCCAUCCUCAUCACUCUGGUGACAGCGAUGCGAUUGAACUCGCUGUUGCAGCCGAGAGCUCUUACAGUCACAGCGGAAGCGCCAACAGUGACAUACACGUCGUGGAGUCUGGGAACUUGGUUAUCUCCAUACAGGUUUUGAGGAGUGUGACGAACAACUUCAGCGAAGAGAAUAUCCUCGGGACAGGCGGUUUCGGUGUAGUUUACAAAGGUGAACUCAACGAUGGAACGAAAAUAGCUGUCAAGAGGAUGGAGUCGUCUGCUUCUGUUGUGAGUGAUAAGGGACUCGCUGAGUUCAAAUCAGAGAUCGAUGUUUUGACUAAAAUGCGUCACCGUCAUCUCGUUGCGCUUCUAGGCUUUCCAUCCUAUUUUUGA